AUGGCGCAUGGCCCCUGGCGUGCCAUGCUCGGGAGUGUAGUGCCAAGAAAGCAAAAAGCGCUUAAGAUGCAGUGGACUGGCUCGGCCCUGGUUGUUUUCUGGCUCGCUGUGCUGGUUCAGGCCCGAGAGGAGGACGAACCCCCAGAACAGUUCAAGAUCUGCACCGGUCGACUGGAAGAAGAGGAGACCUGGUCGUGUCCAGACGUAACUGCCGACAAGUGCGCCACCACGUACACUGCCGUUGGUGGUGGUGCCUACAUGCAGUGUGGUCGGGAUGGGAAGCUUUGCCUUCACUCAGCCUUUUGCGACACGACCACUACGACCACAUUGCCGGGAUUUGUCUUGAUUGAUGACGACGGCCUCUGGGUGAAGAUCAACCAGUGGACCCAAGGCCUGUAUGAAAGGCAGAACAACGCCUACGGUACGGUGAGAACGAGUGGUCCAGGUGAUGGCAAGCUCGAUGACGGUGUGAUCAAUGCUCUCAUGAUGGCGAAUAAGCUGCGUGGGCCAUCGGGGAAUAUCUACAAUAUCUUCAAGGUCACGGCGAAGGAAGCCAGUCUGGCGUACUACCUCCGUGUGAAAGACCGGAACUACACCGACACGAAAAGGAACUUCGAUUUUCGUCGAUACAGCACUUACCAGGCCAUUGGUGACAGGAUGCCGCAAAACUUGGAAACCGGCUACAAGGACUUGAACGUUGGUGGUAUUUUUGAUGCUUACCAUUUCGGAGCGCGGCAGUCCUGCAACAGAUUCUUCAUGGGGCAUGACUCUUGGGAUGAUUGCUACCUUGCAGACGGCGGAAGAAACACCAACAAGCGCUGUUUCAGUGGUGGAUAUUACUGCCAAAACAAGCUGCGGCGGCACCACCCGCCAGGCCUUGCCGGGAAGAUGCGGCUGCCGGCGAUGAAGUGGCAGCCGUUAGACAGGGACCUGAGCUUCGCGGGUACAUGGAACUGGCUUCCGCAAAAGGACGAGGAGGAGCUGCUGGGGCCAACUUCGUUUGACGAGGCAUUUCGAGAGCUGCUUGACCAGCAUCGGCGUGCUGAUGUACACGGCUGCUGGGAAAGUGCCGAACUUCCUCACAGCGCAGAAACUGCGAGUGCAGCUGGAAGUGUGGCCACCACGGCUGUAGGAAGCACUUCACCAGUGCACUUCUUCAUCGGAGACCAUGAUGCUGAGAGCACCAGCAGUCUGAUGCAGUCCCAUGAACGCUUCGAGACGUACAACAUCGGAAGCGACUGUGCGUCGCUGUGUGAGAGUUCGACGAGUCUGGACUAUGACGCUGAUUGGCAUGCAGGGAGCCAGCUGGACGCGACAGUCUCAGAGCCUGGUGAGCCUGGAGCAGUGCACUCCAUCUCGGAAGGCACAUGUCCGGAGUCUCUUGCAAACAGUAUGCCAAGCUCUCCGUCUGGACAAAGCUGGAGCAACGACCGGGAGGUCUCGUUGGCAGUUGAUGCAAAGUAUUGUCAACUCCCUGCUAUUGCACGUGCUGAGCAAGAUGAACUCGAGCACUGGUCACGGUGCAUUCUGCAAGAAAGCGAGACGUGGAUGAAUUGGAUGCACCAGGGGCAAGGAAUGCCGUCACAGAUUCUUUGGGAGUCCUUACUGCAUGAGCUCUGCGAACUCGGGGAGAGCAGUCGAGCAAGAGCGUAUCUCCUCGCUGGCGCGGAGCUGGGUUGCCGCCCAUCUUGCUGGAAAAGACUGGCGGGCCUGUGUGGAGCUGAUGACGAGCCGGCAGUACUACUUCGAUCAGCCUCAGAGUCAUCCAUGGCUUCAGUGGAGUCUCUCAUGUCGCUCGAGCCUCCUUCCGCCAGCCUGCUUGAAGCAACGCCAAGAGGGGAAGAGGAAGUACUUGUCAGUGAGAGCCUCCGGACUUCCGACAGAGCCCAAGACAGGCAGGUCCUUGAGCUGGAUGCGCUCAUCUUGCCGGUUCCGAGAAGAGCCGAGCAUCGUGCGGACUUUCCGCUUCACUCCCUCCAGGCAUGCACGGGAUGCACCUUUACUGCCUUUACUGGCUCCAAGCAGGCGAGCCGGACGAGCCCUGCAGUUUGGGCCGACCUGGAUGAGCAGGAACGGCUUUUCCAAGAGCUCGGGCGCACCGGGUACAUACAAAAGCGCAUUCACCGCAAGCUGCAUGCACAAGCAGCACAGAUCGGCGAUCGCGAGCUUCUCAGGCUGGGAGACUUGUGCUUCAGCAAGCAGUUCGCAGAAGUCGAGUACUCGGACACUGGUGAUGGUGCGAUCGUGGCGGCAAUGCUGCUUCUCGUGCCCUUCAGGCGCGAAGCCGGCGAGGCCAAAGUUGCCACCCGUGCUGCCGGCACUGCGGCUUCCAGCUCGCCCGUUCCAAGCGUGCUGCGCUACUUCCGUUUCCACUCAGAGCUGCCACACCCGGUGCCAGCACGACGGAGCUACGUCGAGCGGAGACAAGGCUCCGGCUGGCCGGAGCAAUGCCCGCCGAUGCAGGCAGCCUCCGCCUUCGGUUGGGAUGUCAUAAACCCCUUCGACAUCCAGUUUGACCCUGGCGAGGAUGGCUGGGAAAUCCACAGCUCAGUCGAAGUUGGUGGCGGAGACCUAGAGGAGCGUGGAGACAUCGGAGCCUUCGACCAGGACAACUGCUGGCAGUGGGAUCCGAAUCAGGUGCUGCCACACCGGAUCUCGCCUCAUGUCUAUCCGGAGAUCCGGAAUCAGGCCAAAGUGUCUACGUACCUUUACUUGCAGACCCCGCCCGGGUGGGCCGUCUUGAUGAGCGACAUCCCGAACUUGAAGCGACGGUUCCGGAUAUUAAGCGCGCUGAUUGACACCGACUGGUAUUUCCCAGCACACCCCUGGCACGCAGUGGUGGAGCUGCCAAGGACCGCAGCCGGGGAGCCAAUCGUGUUGAGGGAGGGCGAGCCGCUUUGCAGGCUGACGCCGGUGAGGCGCGGCACGUAUGCAGCCCGUGAGAUGAAGCCAGAAGAGUUCAAGAAGCUCUAUCGUGGUGGUCAGGCCUGGCUCCAGAAGAACGGGCGCCCCUCAGAGGAUCCCGAGGCCGAGGAGGGCGUCCUGGACAUCCGCGGAGCCUACAAAAGCAAGCAGCGGUCGCUGGACUUCGAGGUCAGAAGACAACGGCGAACUGUUGUGCCAUGGGAUCAGUAG